CUUCCAGCAAAGCAGAUUAGGCAUUCCCCAUUGACACCGAAUAAUAUCAAUACGAAAAUUCGUAGAAAACGUAGAAAAACUUGUAAAAAAUGAGCAGGACGACUGCGUCCGAUUCCACCUUGACGGAUUCAUCCAGUGGCCUCACAACUCGGUCACUAAGGCUGCCCCAUCGCAACGCCCAAGGUCCGCUCAUCGCCUGGAGAACUGGAGACGUAGUCGAUGAGUUCCGCGAGUUGGCGGAUGCCAGGAAUCUGAAGAAUGAGCAAAUGUCAAUGGAUCAACUUUUGAAUGCCAAAUUGGAACGGGAUAAGCUGCCGGAGGAUACUCCGCUGCCCAUAUAUCUGGCCCAUCGGGAGCCGAGAAAUCCGAGUCCACCAAGCAGGUGGGAUAAGCAGAGGUCUAAAUCGCCAAAAAAGAAUCGCAAAUUAGUCAGCAUGCUAGAAGCAGCAACCACAUCUGCAGCAGCAACAGCAGCAACAGCAGCAACAGCAGCAACAACAGCAACAGCAGCAGCAGCAACAGCAGAAACAGCAGCAACAUAAAGCACAGCUCCCAUGACUCAUUUCGCUUGAUGCGCGCGACAUUAAGAGACAAGGCUGAAAAUGGGAAAACGGAAAAACACAACGGCCACGAAGCCAAAAACACUCACUUGACUCGAAAAUCUGCAGAGGAAUAACUGACAGUGUACACAAGCAGCACUAAUUGCUGUAAAAUUGCAAACAGUCCGCAGUGCAGCGGGAGUUGCAGCGAAAUCGGGGACUUUGGGCAGACAUAGAACAACAACAGGAGAACACAAAAAUCACAGCGGCACAACAACUGGCCGUGUGUUUAAGCAAAAAAAAAAGGAACAAAAAAAAUCUUAACGGAAUGAAUGCAACAGAGGAACGAAUGUGCAACGAAACAAGCAACAGCAGCAGCAACAUGAAGCCGCAACAGCAACACAAGCUGCAAACAACUCAAUUAACACAAACAACCAGCCAGAGAAUCGCGCAAAAGUUGCUGUUGCCGUUGGGCAUUGCCCAGCCGACCACGCCCCCCAGCCACCAUGGCCAUCCGCCCCUUUUCCCUUGGCCAAAAAACCCUUUGAGCCUUAUUUUCUGGACACACAACUGGCGGGUCCCUCGACAAAUGCAAACUUAAAGUGAGUGCAAGUUUUCAUAAAUUAAUGUUUCUCUAUAUUUAAGAUCUAGAUCAAAUACAG